GUAACUGCAGGCCGAGUGCACAGUGUCCACAAUUUAAAGGGGCGUUGCAUGUGUGAAUGCAGCAAGCUGAGUGCAGACGUGCUCCGCCGGGGGCACAACACUGAGUGCAUUUCGUCCCUAGACGGCUCAGGGUGACAUGACGUCCUGCUAGUGUGUCCGUGCUGGUUGGCUGUAGUUUAACCGGCUCAAGGAUCCAGCCCGGCCCGUUAGGGAGGCGAUUUGUCGGGAGGAAGGCGAAGGGCACCACAUCACCGGCCCCGUUAUCGCCAUCUCCUCCCCCCAACGUGACAAGAAAGGCCGCCGGCUGCACAACUCCUCACGGAGAUUGGACCGUGAUUUUGAAGCAAACGGCAACCGGUUGUACGGACGGAGGAUGUACGACACCAUGUCUACAAUGGUCUAUUUAAAGGAAGAUAAAUUAGAAAAACUCUCUCAGGAAGAGAUAAUUGGAAAAACAAAACAAGUGAUUCAGGGGCUUGAGGCGUUAAAAAACGAGCACAACUCCAUUUUACAGAGCUUGUUGGAAACCCUAAAAUGUCUGAAAAAAGAUGAUGAGGUGAAUUUGGUUGAAGAAAAAUCCAACAUGAUUCGCAAGUCCUUGGAAAUGUUAGAACUUGGUCUCAGUGAAGCACAGGUUAUGAUGGCAUUAUCUAGUCACUUAAAUGCAGUGGAAUCGGAAAAACAAAAACUACGUGCUCAGGUACAUCGAUUGUUUCACGAGAACCUGUGGCUACGAGAUGAGCUGACAAACACACAACAAAAGUUGCAGAAAAGUGAACAGAGUGUAGCUCAACUGGAAGAGGAAAAGAAACAUUUAGAAUUUAUGAAUCAGAUCAAAAAAUUUGAUGAAGACCUUUCACCACUGGAGGACAAGGACACAGAUUCAUCAAAAGAACCUCUGGAUGAUCUUUUCCCAAAUGAUGAUGAUGAACCAGGACAGGGAAUUCAGCAACAACAUAGCAGUGCAGCUGCUGCAGCACAGCAGGGUGGCUAUGAAAUCCCAGCCAGACUAAGGACCUUGCAUAAUUUAGUUAUACAGUAUGCAUCACAAGGCAGGUAUGAAGUCGCUGUGCCUCUUUGUAAACAGGCUCUUGAAGAUUUGGAGAAAACAUCAGGGCAUAACCAUCCUGACGUUGCUACGAUGCUAAACAUUCUUGCUUUGGUGUACAGAGACCAAAACAAAUACAAGGAGGCAGCAAACCUGUUACAUGAUGCCUUAGCUAUUCGGGAGAAGACAUUGGGUAAAGACCAUCCUGCGGUUGCAGCAACAUUAAAUAAUCUUGCAGUACUUCAUGGAAAACGGGGAAAAUACAGAGAGGCUGAGCCCAUGUGUAAAAGAGCUCUAGAGAUCCGUGAAAAGGUGUUGGGCAGGGAUCAUCCUGAUGUGGCCAAACAACUAAAUAAUUUGGCACUAUUGUGCCAGAACCAAGGAAAGUAUGAAGAAGUGGAGUAUUACUACGAGCGAGCCUUGGAAAUUUACCAAACCAAACUUGGGCCUGAUGAUCCAAAUGUAGCAAAGACAAAAAAUAAUUUGGCAUCUUGCUAUCUAAAACAAGGAAAGUUCAAACAAGCAGAGACAUUAUAUAAAGAGAUUCUCACACGUGCUCAUGAAAGGGAAUUUGGUUGUGUGGAUGAUGAAAAUAAACCGAUUUGGAUGCACGCUGAAGAAAGAGAGGAACAAUGCAAGGGGAAGCCUAAAGAUGGCACCACAUUUGGCGAGUAUGGAGGCUGGUACAAAGCUUGCAAAGUUGACAGCCCAACAGUGACAACAACUUUGAAGAAUCUUGGGGCUCUUUAUAGACGUCAGGGCAAGUUUGAAGCGGCAGAAACACUUGAAGAAGCAGCUCUGAGAUCUCGUAAACAAGGUCUUGAUAAUAUCCAUAAACAAAGAGUAGCUGAAGUACUUAAUGAUCCUGAAAGCAUAGAGAAAAGAAGAAGCCGUGAAAGUCUAAAUGUAGAUGUGGUAAAAUAUGAGAGUGGGCCAGAUGGUGGCGAGGAAGUGAGUAUGGGCGUAGAAUGGAAUGGGGAUGGAACUGGAUCUUUGAAGCGUAGUGGUUCCUUCAGUAAACUUCGUGCUUCCAUUAGACGCAGUAGUGAAAAACUCGUCAGAAAACUGAAAGGAGGUAAUCCACGAGAUAAUGAGCCCAAGAAUUCUGGCAUGAAACGUGCCAACUCUUUGAAUGUACUUAACACAGGGCUCAAGGCUUCUGAAGAUUUUUUCCAACGAAAUAAUCGUCUAACAGAAUCCAGAAAUUUGAGUGCCAGUCAUGAUGACCUGAUGCAUUGUGGAUCACAAAUUGGCACAAACUAGACUCUUCAUGUAAAAGAACAAGAAAUCCUCAUUGCUACAAUUCCAUAUAAGCUUUUCAAUAUUAAGGCCUUCAUUUAUUAUCCUUUAUAAAUGAUUUGCAGUAAACUUCAAGCAUUGUAUCCAAAUAUGAAAUGUGUGUUCCAAUUAGUUUUUUACUAUUUGAUAAAAUAUGUAAGUUACUACAAUGCGAAUAGUAUCAAUAGAAUUUGAUUUUUAGAACUAAAAUGCCACAGCUGAGCUGGUUUUAGAUAAUAUGGAUAGAAAUUGCCUUUAUUAGAUCUGUACAGUUAAAUUUAUCCUUAAAGUAGGAUUCCCUGGAACAAUUUCUACUAACAAUUCUUGGUAAAGGCCACUUUAUAUUUUAACAUCAGAUGUGACUUAUCCAUACCAGAUGCCUAACGUUUUCAUCAGAUAAUUUAAUAAUGUUGCUUCAGAUAGUGUAAAGAUUGACAGAUCAAUAACAAACCUUAAAUUUUAGUAAAAUGCAAAUAUGUUGGGGUACUUGUAUAAUCUGCAGUACUCUCGACUAUACUAGUAACUUGCACUAUAUUUUCCUAAAGUCAUAUAGAAGAAAGAUGCUGCUAAUAUGUGUGGAAGCCACUUUCAUCAUAAGGUUGCUUUUCUAAUACUGCUGUCAGCUGUUUGACAUGAGAAUUCUACAAAAUUAGUCAUUUAACAAAAUAUAGCAAAUAGUGGGGUAAAACUUGUUCUCUGUUGCCUUCAAUAAGCAUGGGAAGGAGGUAAUGUUGUGACAUAUGGGUUGUACUCAGCUUAAAUUAGUCCUGUUGAACUGAAAUGACAAAGUUUGAGUACAGCAUGUGCACGCUGCAAUGUCAAUUUGUUAAUGAGGCAACUAAGGACCAAUUUCUACUCCUUUAUGCCUGGCUGUGAAGUUAAAAUUAAUCAAUUAUUGCAUAUUAAGAUCUGAAUGCUACUUUGGAUUAAAAUUAAAUUAAUUUUUGUCCUAUCCAUAGAACUGGAUUUGUACAGGCUUCCUUUAAAAUAGUGUUCUAUUAAAAGAAUAAUCAUUUGAAAUUACAGAUUAUUAUAUGGACAUGCAAAUUCAGUCUUUACCAGUAAAACUGCAGGAGCAGUUUAGAUUAUGUGAACAUACAGGUUGGGUACCUCUUAUCUCAAAUGCUUGGGGCCGGAAAAGUUUAAGAUUUUGGAUUUUUUUGGAAUUUGGAAUAUAUAAUAAGAUAACCAUCAUUUCCGACUCUGAAUUUAUGUACUAUUGGUAAGCAGUCUUUGUCUUGCACUUGUUCAUUAAUAGUAAAAAUUACCUUGUACCAUUAAUAUAAUGUGUGCAGGAUAACAAAAGCAGCAGAGCAAUAUUGGGAAAAUAUCUGAAACAUGUCAACAACAGUCUUUCAGUCUCCACUUAUGAUGCAGUGUUUUGUUUAAAAGGUUACAAUACACUCUUUAUAUUUUACUUUUUUAAAGUUUUAUGUAAAGUAUGAAAACAAUCAGCAUUGGUGUUAGAGUUUCAUCAGCAAUGGUCUUGGCAAACACUAAUGAAUUUCCCUGCUGCUACAUGAUCAGCAGAUGCUUUAUCAGUACAUCUUUAAAUAUUGAAUACCACGCCUUUCCUUAAACUUCCACAACCAGCCUGCUGAAUAUUCAUAUUACCUCCAAUUUUCAGUUUGUUGUGAUAAAUCUUUGCUUAUUUCAAUGAUCAGCAUACAAUUAAGCAGCUAUGUUCACUCCAACACUGCCAAAUCCACUCUUUCACACAAUUGAGAUCUUCAUUUUUCACUUUAUGCGGUUUUUCUAUUUUUCAUUAAUUUCUGUUCAUUACAUAUGUGAUGUCACUUCUCAGAACUGUGUGGUGCGCAGAGACCUGCGCUUUACUUGGGAACCUUCAUAGCGGCUUGUAGAAUUUUCCAUUUGUGAUGUCAUGUUGGCACUCAAAAAAAAUUGGAUUUUUAGAUAAGGAGUACUCAACCUGUAUUUCAGUUUGGAAAUUACGGCCUUUUGGGUUAACCAUCUUUCAUUGAUUCAUUAUCUUGCACCUGUUCCCUUUGUAAAUCAUUUUGUUAUGUUUAGGCAGUACCUGGAGUACUACUUGUUUGCUUUUAAUUGUGACUUUUAUAGUGUUUUAUCUCUCUUGUAUUUUCUAUUUGUACAUUAACAGAAAUUAUUUGCACAUUGUAAAACAAAUGCUAAAAUAGGAUUGCAAAUGAAAAUUGAAAUCAUGAUAGUUUACAGAAAUUGAUGGUCAAAAGGUAUAUAUGGAUUAAUUCCAUUAAAAGGUUUACGUGUGGUUCUGCAAGCACUCGAGUUGUUGAUAUAACAAUGAUUGCAUCAGCUCUUAAGAACGUGUUCAAAAUCUCAUUUUGGUAACUGUAUUCGGAACAGGAAAAAUGUAAAAAAUAUUGAACAAGGCUACUAAAAGCCUUGUAGCAAGAUGAAAAAUAUUAUAUUAGCAAGUCCCAGCCUUGCCCCUUAAGCUUUUAUUCUAUUUCAGCCUCUUAAUUUAAAAAAGCAUUACCUAAUGUAAUGCAUUAACAUUGUUAUCCAUGCAUAAUUGCCGUGAUACUGUUACAAGACUACUCUGAGCAUGAACAGUGAUUUCUGCAGUUGUAGAUUUUAGUAUUCGAAGAGUGAUUUUAAUAAGCUUCAAAGAAGAGUUUGCAUACAGUAAACAGGUUUUUAGUUGUAUAUUGCACUUUUUACUAGGGCAAGUCGGUGUAGUCAUGAUGUUGCAUGUAAUGUUUUAAUACAGUUUACCUGUGUAAUGUUCUACAUGUCAAUGAGUAAGAUCAUUCAGACAAGAAUAUAGUGUAUUAGUGUCCUCAGUUUAUUUUAGAACUUAAGAUAUGUACAUUUAUGUUGGAUAUAUGUCACAUGUUACAAUAUUUAUGUUCAAAGUAUAUGGAACAUUUUUGGUGAGAAAAUAAAUGUAAUUUUAAAGUCAUUUUAAAUAAAAUACAAGUACAAAAGCUACUAAA